AUGUUUGUCCCUCCUUGGACGCUGCUAGAGGUGAUCAAUGAGAACAACAAUGUAAAAUGUGGUGCUCCACCGGCGGAUCCACCUCCGCCGCCCCCGGUUGGCAUGGGAGACUCCAUGGACAGUCAACCAGACUUCAGCUUUAACCUAGAACUUAGUAGAAACCAGCAUGAUCAAUAUGAUACCCAAUUCUCACCACAACAAACCGUCGCUCCCGCUAUUAUCGUCGACGAGGUUCUCGGUGACAAUUUUGAAGACGAGGAAGAGGAGAUACCCCCCGCCCCGCAACCGAAACCACCGCCACCCCCAAAAGUUGAACUGCCGACAGACGAUUGCGGCCUUGGCGUGGCACAAAUUGUGAUCACUGCCGCCACGCCCAUGGUAGAAGAACCAGACCAGCCCUUCCCACCCGCAGAGCCCGACCCCGAGCCCGAACCCGAACAACCCGAGCCCCAGCAAGAGGACGAACGUAUUGAGGAGAACGACGACGAAGAAUCCUCUCUUUCCGAACAAACGGCCGUGUGUUUACGCGACACAGAUGACGGGCACGCGGAUUCCGCCCCGCAUCCCGCGUCCAGUUCGACAGCAUCCGAGGGCGAGUCGACGGGGGCAUCAGUCGCUUCCGGGCCCCCAACGGCUCCCCAGUCACCCCCCUCUGCCCCGCGAGCCGGCCGCGCUUCGAUCCCCGACGAACUGGAACCCGCGCAACUAGCGAGGCUCACCGACCUCAAAGAGUCUAACGCUUAA